AUUGUGAAAUCUUUGAGAGCAGUAUUUGGUCGAAACAUAUCAGUAAACAUAAACCAAUAGAAAUAGAAAAUAGGUUAAGGAAGGAAAUCGAGUACGGCAGCCUCUGUGAGUGACAUUAUAAACUUUUGCUCUUGUCGUUCAACAGUGUGUAAUAUUGGUACUUUUACCCUUAAGAUACAAGCGUCUGAAAUCGAAGAAACGUUGUUCGAAGAUAAAACCAACUUGGCUACACUAUCGCUCGUCAAGGGGCCUGACGGCGUUCGAGUGACAGGAUUACUUAGCGCAACUGAAAAAAUUCAGCCGGCAUUGUAUGGGGCGAGACAUGUUUCAGGAGGCCUACCCCACAUUGUGACGAGCAUCCAACGGCAGCAUGGUUCCCGAACGGUUAUGCACGAAAGUAGAAAAGAACCGAGAGACUGAAUACGUUUUCGGACUUGAACUAAUGAACGACAUGACUUCCUUGCAUCUCUUUCGGAAUUACGCCAGCGGUAAAAGGGCAGAAUAUGGAUAUCCGGACAUCGUGCUGCUACUCACAGGGCGUGACCUUUACGAAAGUACUCAUCGUGGGCCAAACAGAAAUGUGUCCGGAAUCGCUGAUGAAGGUGGCCUUUGCACCGAUCACUAUGUGGCGAUAGCUGAAGACAUCCCAGGUUCAUACAGCGGUGUCCUUGACGCUGCCCAUGAAUUAGGGCACAGCAUGGGCGCAUCGCAUGACGGAACUCCACCAAACAUGCAGUUAGGCAAUCACCCUGGUUCGCUGGGCUGUUCUCCUUCAAGUGGUCACAUAAUGACAUAUGUAGACGGUGGCCACCUUCGCUACAAGUUCUCUGAAUGCAACAAGAUGGAAAUUCGCCAUUUACUGCGCCACCGGGGAAGUACUUGUUGGGAAAUCAAGGCAAAGAAGUCCUACGCUGUCAAAGGUGUCUACCCAGGCGCACUGCUCACUCCGGGACAGUACUGCCGGAUGCUGUAUAAGAACAAAGAUAUUAUGUACAGUUUAGCGGAUGAACGGCUAAGACGGUACUGCAAAAUGAGGUGCUGUGCAGCUUUCCCAGAGACGAAACACAAAUGCGCUCUUCACAGAAUGCUCGAUUACAUGCCGUGUAGUUUCAACAAGGUAUGCUUUCAAGGUGUCUGCAGACGAAAAAGAGACCUGAUUCCUUACUCCAGGAGAAAGGGCAGACGCGCGCUUCUGCGAUAAUUUGUUUUGAAAUCUAGAACUCUCAAUGACGAAUACAAUAAUAAUUAAAAAAUUACCUGCAACGUACAGGAUAUAUGAACCAUA